UCAUAGGAAUAAGAAGUGUAAAGGCGCGGGGACUGCUCUGGGUGACCCAGGUGAUGGCGAGCUGUGCCCCCCUGAGCAGGCCCAGCUGCGGCCGGACUCGCUAAAAGCCUGCCCACAGCUCCCCUCCCUUCCUUCCCUGGCGGAAGCACUGGCAGAGGUCUCCUGCGGGGUUCCAUGGCUUCCCCGCUCCUGCCCCUGCCCGCCUGAGGCGGCCUUUGCAGCCAGCUGGCCUUCGCGCUUCCCUCUCAUCCCGGCCCCGGCAGCGGGAAGCCAGGCCCGCGAAAGCGCGGGCUCUGCCGGCCGCCGCAGGGAGCAGCCGUGUGCAUAAACAGGAGCGGGAGCGAAGGGCCCGCGCCGAGCAGGUGCCACCACUGCGCCCCGGGGCUGUGCCUGACCCCAGCGGGGACGGAGAGGUCCCGUCCGGGCCCCGGGCCAUGGAGCCGGGGCGCGGCCCCGGCGGGGCGGCCGCCGCCGCUGCAGGUGCUGGAAAGGCAUUCUGGAGCUCUUCUCCAGGCUUAGUAAAGUCAACUUUCUCAACCUGCAUUCAGAGGAGAGAAAUCAAAGGUGGAAGAGAAAAUCAAAUUUCUUAUUUGAAAAUAUCAAAACUAGCAUUGGCUUUUGCAAUUAUCCACUCAAAACCACCAGGGAAGAGUGCCAGAGAAUACACAGAGUACCUUGCCAGAACUGUACCUGAACAAGAUUUUGGAUGGAAAUGGAAAGCGGAAGUGCUGGAAGCUGAAGUUCUUCGAUUACGACAGGAACUUCUUCUGAACAGGAUCUCUCCAAGAUUCUGCUUGGAAAAUAGAAAACAGGAUGCCUCUGCUGAAACUGUUCUGGGUCAGGAAUCUAUAAACCCUACAAGUUACUCGAGCCAGCUAGAAGACUCUGGAUGCGAUGUAUGUAAUGACUCUGCAUUUGAUUCUUUGGGCAUAGCUUCAGAUUUUCCCCAAUCUGAGCAUAAUACCAACACUUCUAAACAUUGGUUGGAAAGAGUCCCCCCACUGGAUCUGUACCAUACUAGCAAGGAGCAAUCUGUGACUGCUGCAGUGCAUUUUUUGCAAAGUUUGCUUGAAAUAAGAAAACUGUCAGAAGGAGAAGUUCUUCAAGCAGAUUUCUCAGAGCUUGAGAAUGAUUCUUUCACCAUAAGCAAUUCAGUGUCUCAGCUGCUUGAUGGACUGACUGUUUUUUACAACAGUCCUAAAUUCCCAGCUCCAAGUUUCCUUACUGAAGGAGUUAGAGUUUUGAUCAGUUUGAUAACUGAUCCUAAGUUAUCUAAUCAUGUUUUGAAGAAGUGUUUCAAGAAGAUGGAAGAAUUUAAGAAAAAUCUAAUUCAAAUUAUUUUAAGAAAUAAGAGUGUCAAUAGGUUUCAGGCACUGGAUUCUGUAUCACAAACGCUGAGUUUGCUGGGAAGGAACAACAUACUAAGAAAUUCUUUAAUAUCACUUCUCCUAUCAGAAGUCCGUCAGUUUGCUGAGCAGUUGUUGCAGGCUCACCAGGUCCAGUCUGUGUAUGACAUCGACCAGUAUGAGAAUAUUUCUUUUUUGUGCAUGAUUCUGGAACAACUUCUUCAAAAUGAGACAGAAGAAAGUAAUGUUUCAAGCUCAGACUAUGGAGGAGAAGAAAAAAUCAAAUUUCUGAAGAACCUUGAUCAAAUUAUUCUUCAUCUCUCAGAUGAAUUCCCUUUGUUUUCUUUAUAUUUGUGGAGAGUGAGUGUUCUUUUGAACUCAGGUCAAAUGCAAAUUGAUUAAAACAAGCAGCCUACUUUUUAACCAUGUGUUUGUUGUGGGAUUGCAUUGGAAAAUUUUCGAGCCAGACAGGGAUAUUAUCCUUAUUGGAAAACAUUUACUUUAAACUACUUUUCUAUACAGCAGUUUCAGAGAUAAUGCAAUUUAUUUCCAAUUCUGAAUAUAGAAAAAAUGUAAUAACCCAGAUGCCAUUUUCAAUAAAUGCUGUUUCUUAUAACAGAAAGCAGUGUGUUGGUGUUUGUGCACACAGUGAAAAUGGAACAAAGAAAGUUGUUUCAGGUUCUGUUUAAAAUAAAUACCAUAAAUUUUCAAGUACAGUCAUCAUACAUGUGUAGAGCUUCCAAGUUAGGAGACCAAUACCUGUCCUUUAAGAGUUGUGUAGCUUCUUCAUGAUUUAGAGACACUGUCUGAAAUAGAAAUGUUUAUUUUAAACUUGGUAACUUAUCAGUACAGAUUUUUACAGGACAAACUUCGUUAGUGAUAAUCAAGUGAGUCAUUACUUGAGCAAAAUAGUAUCUGGUGCUCAGUUUCACAAAUUUCUUAUGUUCAUUGUAUACUGCUUGGCUUUACUUUUGUAAACUUGGCCUAAUUCACUCUGAGUUGAGUAAUGAUUUCAGAGGUCUAAUCUGAAGUGUAACUCAUUUAAUAGUUACUUUAAACCCUUCUGUUCAAAAUUAAUGAAUAUUGAUAAAAUCCCCUUUGGUAUAUUUAGGUAUUAUAUGAUAUUUAAUGAGUUUCUUCUAUGUAAUGAUAUUAUAUUCAUAGUAAUAAGUAAAGUAACAUAUUUUAACAGAAAUUAACUUAAAAGGUCUUUAAAGUGUGAGCUCAACAAUAUCUUAACUGAACUAUAGUCUUUGAUAAA